GCUCCUGCUCCAGCCAUACAGACAUGAUGCUACAGGAGAGCACUACACCAGACUGUUACACGAGCUAUCUGCAUAACAGAAGCUGAUGUGCUGCAGUCUGAUGUGCCUCACUUUUACCUCAUUUUCUUUCUCCUUUUUUCAUUGGAAUUUGAGAUCAAUAAUUACCUAAAUAUACAGGAGGUAUUUGGAGGCAGCUGGCUGGACCUGUCUCAAGGGGGUUUCCCCAACAUUACCCUCUCGCUGAAGGUCUUACCCUGAACCAUAUAGAAUUGGGCAGAAUAAAUGCACGUUUGCAAAGAUAUCUCUAUUUUGGAUCUUAGAAAGUUUGCAAAGAAAUCUAUUUUUGGGAUCUUGGAAAGUUUGCAAAGAAAUCUAUUUAGGGGAAUUUGCAGACUGAAGAAAACCUUUUUGUGGACAACUUGUUUUGGAAAUCUACUCCGUAGUUCCAGAAUGCUGUGUUCCAGGGGCAUGUUCCAGCAGUGGAGUCUAGCGGUGUUCCUGCUGUGCUCCCCUGUCCCUCUCUAUGGGAGACCCAUCCAUGCUCUCACUAACAGAAUGAGGAGGUCAGUGAGCCACGCCCAGCUGAUGCACGACAAGGGCCGUUCCCUGCAUGAGUUCAAGAGACGCCAGUGGAUCCAGCAACUACUAGACCAAGUCCACACGUCCGACAGCGAGCGAGCCCCGCCUCCCCAGAGCAGGAGCAACACCAAUGGGGGCAACGCCAAUGGGGGCCACAGCACCUUCAGCGGGAGCUCUCUAUCCUCCCCAAAACCCUCUGGAGGGACCAAGAACCUCCCCCUGAGCUUCCGGCUGGGAGGGGAGGGGGGCAACCUCCCCCAGGAGACCAACAAAUCUCUGGCCUACAAACACCAACCACUGAAGGUGGUCACCAAGAGGAAAAAGAAGGUGAAGGGAGAGAGAGGGAGACGGAAGGAGAGUGAGAAGAGGAGGCGGAGGGCUCGCUCUGUAGUCACAAGUCUUACGACACAAAGAGAGGAGUCACAGAGGACACAAGACACUGGGUGACAAACAUACUUCAUGAUGUAGCCUUUGGGUGGCGCUGCACUAAGGACUCUGACUGACAAAGAUUCCAGCAUCACUGACUGAGACUCAGACUAAUGUCUCAAAGACUCACAAACGGUUGAAACAACUGGUCUCUCCAUACCUUGGCCAUAGAUCUUUGCUUUUGUUGUUUUAAUCUGCUGCUUUUUCCUUGUGCCUUGAUAUACAGUAAUAUGUUGCUACUUUUAUAAUAACACAAAUUACUUCUGUAUCCAUAUUUAUUAGGUAAAUAAUAUGCGGAUCAUCAGCAGUGUUAAAUGAAUCUUAACUCAUCCCUAGUCAGAUAACAAUGUAAGACAGGUGCCCUUCAGGGGCAAUUUACUGUAUCUCCCUAAUUCCCUUCAAAUCAAGUCCAAUCAGAUGUCCAUAUGUAAAGUAGAACAUAGCCUACACGGUAAACGUCACGCAUAAAAUAUUUAUUGUCUGUACAUAUUUAAAUUCACAAAAUGAGGGAGGAUCAUUCUUUUUUUUAGUGCUCGGUAGCUUUUUAGAUAGUUGAUAUUGUGAAUAUAUAAUUUCUUGUCUGUAGUUAGUAUUAUAAAAUACAUAACAAAUGUUUCUACCAUAAUUUAUUUCAUUUGAACUGUAUUUAUUUUGUGAAUGUAUUACCGUGCUGCUGACUUUCAAUAUUUUAUAAUAACAUAAAAUGCACUUUAGAUAUAAUGAUUAUAUCCAUAUGUUUUGUUAAGUUACAUUAUUCUAAGUGUUCUCUUUUGUGGUUGAUUUUGAUUAAGAAAGAAAAUGUUCCUUUCUGUUGAUAAACACUUUCUUUUUUAUUUCUUCUUGGUUUAUAAUAUACCCAAUCAUCUCAUUGACCAGUAAGUUAUUGGAUCGUCCAUCAAAUUCUCUCUAGUUUUAAAGUCUAUUUUUUAUCAAAAUAAGCCAGUUUAAACUGUUGGUAUGGUUACAGACUUGUUAAGAUUCAUUUCAUGUUUAGCAUUUGCACUGAGAGCACAAUCAUU